AUGACAUCUAAUUGUGUACGACGAGUUCUUUUACCAAUUGACGGUAGUGAACAUAGUAAAAGAGCAGUGAAUUGGUAUUUGACAGAAUUUAGUAGACCAGGUGAUUUUGCUUAUUUUUUUCAUGUGGUUGAAGCACAUUAUUCCAAGUCUACUGCAAAUGAAACACAUGAUCAUGCAAAAGAGUUAAAUAUUAAUUUGGAUAAAAAUAUUAAAAUGUAUUCAGAAUUAGGUAAAAUACUUGGUGAUAAAUUACAUGAUGAUUUGAAAAACAGUCGUAUUCAAAUGGAAUAUGUUAUGCAAAUUGGAAGUAAACCAGGUGAGCUAAUAAUUGA